AUGCUUGCUUUCAGAUUUUUUCUGUGCAUGACCUUCUGCGCAGACCCUGUGACAGUAUGUAGCAAAGCCACGGCGAGAACGACUCCACACCCUCGCAAACUUGGGUACCCACUGGAGCUAGUUUCCAUGGAUGUCAUGGGUCCAUUGCAUAAGAGUCCCCAGUACUCAUACAUUCUGGUGAUACAUGAUGCAUACUCAGGCAUGAUAUGGAUUUGGGGCCUAACUAGCAAGGCCCAAGCGACUACAGAGGCAUUAUGGUGGAUAUUGGAGGUGCACCAAGCCACCCAACAUCAAGCCAGCAAGGUAAUGCUGGCUCAAAGUAUCAAGGAGAUUAGAGUCGACCAAGGGGAACUCUGGACAACUGUCAUGGGACCGGAUGCGCAGAAAGCAGGAAGGACCGAAGUCAUAUGA